GACAGCAGUUUGGGCUAUGAGUGACAGUCUGUGCCAGGGAGUGAUGCCAGAGGAUUCUCUUGCUCUGGGAGACAAGAUGGUGGUGGGUCUCAAGGCAGCCUACGAGGCUCUGCAGAGAAACAUUGUGGCACAGAGGAGGGUCCUGGAAGACAGACUGAAGCAAACAGAGAGACUCCUUGGUGUGCAAGCAGUUUGACAGACCGAGGGAGUAUAUACAAUAUAAAGAUCGGUUGUUGUGAGAUCAGUGUCAAAAUUACACAGGUGUGCAGUCGCUCAAUUAGGGUGUACGGUAUAUUUAUUUGGGUAUGGUCUUUUCAUUUGGGUAUGCUCUUUUCAUUUGGGUACACACUUUUUUUUAUUAGGGUACCC